AUGACGUACGAGAUCCUUGGGGUUACGCGUGCAAACAAAGUGAUGAUGUACCACAUCUACGCUAUCGAUCGUGCAACAGGUGAGCGAGUGCUGUCAAUUCCAAAGCGCUUUUCCGAAUUCAAUCAGCUCCACGAGCAGCUCAAAGUCAUGAAAGUGCCGAGUGCAUCCAACUUACCAAAGCUGCCAAAGCCAAGUGUACGAAGUUUUUUGCGUGGCCGUCGCAGUAAAAAGACGAUCGAGAUCCGGGAAAAAGCGUUUGGCGACUUUCUGCAUUACAUUCGAGACCAUGAAGAUCUGCAUGAAAGUGCCGCCUUUCAACAAUUUAUCGCGAAGUAG